AACGAUCGAUUAGCGCCGAUUAGCGUCGAUUAGCGCCGAUUAGCGCCGAUUAGCGCCUUGUUAGCUCGUCGCGAAGAGGGGGGCAGCUCCUCUUCUCUCCCCCGCCUCUCGAGCAAAGGCCGAAGUCGUGGCGAGGUUUGGAAAUUAAAAGAUUCGAUGCCUUCCAGGGACGAUAUUCGCUCCCUAUCCACUGAGCAGCGUUGGAUCCCUCCUUCGACUAUUAGACGUGAUGCGCUCACCCCAGAAAGCCGAAAUGAUUUCAUCUUCAGAAAGGUGCGGGGCAUUCUUAACAAGCUCACCCCGGAAAAAUUCGCAAAGCUGAGCAACGACCUGCUCAACGUCGAGCUCAACUCGUAUGUGAUUCUGAAAGGUGUCAUUUUCCUGAUCUUCGACAAGGCACUCGAUGAGCCCAAGUACAGUUCUAUGUACGCACAGCUGUGCAAGCGGCUGUCCGACGAAGCACCCAAUUUUGAGUCCCAGAAGCCGACGAUCGACGGCCAGAUCAUCGACAGUACCUUCAAGCUCCUGCUGCUCAACAAGUGCAGGGACGAGUUCGAGAACAGGUCCAAGGCCAACCGGGCCUACGAGAAUCGGAAUGAGCUCAGCCCGGAGGACGAGGAGCGCCGGCAGUUUGCCAAGCGCAAGAUGCUGGGCAACAUCAAGUUCAUCGGCGAGCUCGGCAAACUGGAGAUCAUGUCGGAGGGGAUCCUGCACAGGUGCAUUCAGCAGCUCCUCCCGGACACCAAGCGAGGACGAUCCAGGUGGGACCUGGCCGAGGACAUCGAGUGCCUGUGCCAGAUCAUCCGCACCUGCGGGCGCACCCUCGACACGGACAAGGGCUGCCUGCUCAUGGAUCAGUACUUUAAGCGUAUGAGGUCGCUCGCCGAGAGCCCCGAUCUACCCCUACGUAUCAGGUUCAUGCUGCGCAACACCAUCGAGCUGCGCGAAAACCGCUGGAUUCCGAGGAAAGCAACCAGCACCGAGGGGCCCAUGCCGAUGAAUCAAAUCCGGAACGACGUGGACGAGCAGCCGCCCCCUCGGGGCAGGGAGAACGCCUACCACAGGCCGCCGAGAGAGGAUCGGCUGGGACCCGACUUCCUCCGGAAGAUGACCCGCGGCGGCCUCGACAUCGACCUGGUCGGCAGCAUUCCCCUGACGGCUCCCUCGUUCGGCAUGCCCUCGCCCUACAGCCCGAAUGGGUUCUCGCCCUCCGGGGCCCGCGACUCGGGCCCCGGCUACGGCCGCCACCAUCAGCGUGGCCAGCCGGGAUUCUACCAGAACCAGAACCGGCACCAAAACAACUACCAAGGCAAGCACGGCCACGGUCAGCAACAGCAGCAGCCGCCGGCGGCGCAGCAGCAGCAACAGCAACAGCAGCAGCAGCACAACUCGCCGCAGGGUUACAACAACGGCAACAAGGAACAGCUUCGCUUCAACAAGACCAAGAUGCUCAUCGGCCACGCCGAGGAGGUGUCCCUGAGGCCUUCGGCCAACUCGAUGAUGUUCAAGCAGACCAACAUUAGCCCCAGCCUACCUCUGAACAACGACUUGUUUCCAGGGCGCAACGCGGAGUCGCCGCUCCUGAGGGCUGCCACCCUCAAGGUGACGCCGCCGCUACUGCACAAGGAGCCGUCCUCCUCGAUCCUGAUCAAGCAGGGAACCCUCGACAAGCGCGACAAGGCUAGGGAGAAGAAGGAUAAGGGUCCGACCAAGGAGGAGAUCCUGAAGAAGGUGGCGGCCCUGAUGGACGACCUGCAAGGACACGGCAACGUGCCGGACGCGGCAACGGCCUUUAAGGAGCUUAAGAUCCCGGAGCGGUUCCUGCGCCACGCCCUCUUCACCGUCUACUCGCACACCUUGGACCUCGGGGACCCCGAGCGGGAGUUGGCCGCGAAGCUGGUGGCCGAGCUGAAGAAGCAGAGCACCGUAACCGGCCAGCAGUUCAGCGAGGGCUGGAAGGAGCUGCUGGAGAGCAUGUCGGAGAAGGAGAGCGCUGUGCCGUGCAUCGCUUCGCACGUGGCCUUCCUCACGGCGCGGGCCAUCGUCGACAACCUGAUGCAGCUGACGGACCUGGCGGCGGUCACGGAGAACGGGCAGCACCAUCCGCUCUUCCUCCUGACCCUGCAGCAGCUUCACAAGAACCAGGGCAAGGCCAGGGUCACGCAGAUCUUCAACGAGAGCAAGGUCAACCUGAUGAGCCAGCUGCCGGAGGCCGAGAAGACCAAGGAGCGGCUCGGCGAGAUCCUCGAGGACCGAGAGCUGACCUUCCUCUACCCGCUUCUCAGGAUCCAGGGUGAGAUGUGGAGGCAGCUCGAGGCCGACCCGAGCCCCGCCGCCUUCUACAAGUGGAUCAAGGAGAAACUCGAACCCUCGCAUCACUCCGACACCGGUUUCAUCAACGCCCUCACCACGGUCCUCCUCAAGUACAUCACGCAGGAGUCGACGCUGGCGCCCGACGUGGACCCGACUCAGAUUCCGGACAAGGCCUUGCAGGACAAGGAACGCGCGCUCCUCGAGAAGUACAUGCGCGUCCUCCAGUCGUUCCUGCCCACCAUCGAUGCCCAGGUUACUGCCAUUCACACUCUCCAAGCGUUCUGCUUCUCGCACAACUUUCCGAAGGGCAUGCUGCUGCGCUGGUUCAUGAAGCUCUACGAGCUCGAGGUCGUCGACGAGGAAGCCUACGUCAAGUGGAAGGAAGACAUUACCGACGCGUACCCCGGCAAGGGCAAGGCCCUCUUCCAGGUUCACAACUGGCUGACGUGGCUGCAGAACGCCUCCUCGGAGGAGGAAGACGACGAGGGCGAUAAUUAAAGGCGGGAGGGAAAGAUGCGAGGGGCGCCUUCCCCGAAAGCGGUACACACACCCACAGCCACACACUACCCACACACACCCUAGAUCCGCGCGCGCGUACACCAUCGAUCGGUUUGAUCGUUCGUUCCGUGGAACCGAGAAGAAGGAUUCCGGCCCGGCCGGCGGGGAAGCCACCUCGACCGUCCUUCGGGACUCCCUCGGGAACGAGCGGAGUGGACCUUCCUCGAGACCAGGAACAAGAACGUGGAGCGAACGAAGAGGGAUGGUGGGGACCUCGUACGUACAGCCUCCGAAGUAACGACAAUUAUCGAUAGUAGCAGAUUAGCCCUCGAUCGGUAGGCCGCGGAAAGCGAAGCAAGCGUUCGGGGAUGAUUAACCACGAUCCAAAAAGGAGGGGGAGGGGGCCUUUUUCUUUGUAGGAAGAAUUAAAGGGGCCGUUUGGAGACGGGAAGGGAGUUUCGAAGUGUAAUUACUUUCCGGAAUUUGUUGCUCGAGAGAAGGGAAGACAAAGAAGCGACAACGACGAAUUUCUGGAGCGCGAUAGUUAAUCGGGUUAGCGUUAGUUGGUAUAACUAUGGAGGAGAUUGCGGAGCGAUCGUGGAAACCUGCGACUGAACGAGCGGUACCUUCGGAUUUUCGUUCGAACGUAUACGUCAUUUUCUUUUCGAGAUCUCGCGCCACCUGUGUUGCUCCUAAAAUCAGAUGCUUUCGGAAGGUAAGACGCUCGUUCUCCGUUAACGUGGGAACAUCCGAGCGCGGGUUUCCGUUGGUCGCCCGGAAGGCCGUCUUCGCGUCGUCCCGGAGGCGCAGGGGGAGAAUUCCCACGCAUACGUUUCCGCCAAACGACACGAUCGGCUGCUAGAAGAAGGAAAACGUUCACACGCCGAAAUCAGGAAAGCGACCAACGUGUCCAGGUUGGAGGGGGAGAGAAACUGAAACGAAGCAUAAACAGGCGUCAUACAAAACUCAAGCAAAUAGCCCACUUCUGACGACAGGUGCAGCCGAAGUGCAACCGGGAUGCAACGGGUGAGGAGCCCGGCGAGUUUCAAGAAUUUUAGAUAACUGAAAUUACAUUACAUAGAUUUCUAAGGAUAAGAGACGAGACGAGACGAGACGAGACGGGAUACGGAAGAGAAGUGGAGGGAAGAGGCUCGCCACGCGGGGCGGGGAAGAGGAAUCGCGCGCGUCUCGAAAGCAACCACCGGCGACCAACCGACCGAAAGAUCGAGCCGGAAAGAAAGGAGAAAGCGGGGGAAGAGUGGAUGACGCGGACGCGAAAGGGGGAGAGAGCGAGCGAGAUUCGUGUCGUCCAAUUUUUUGGUCUAGUAUUGUGCAUGUGCCACGUUUUGUAAGUCUUUUUUCCCGCGGCCGCGAGAGCGAAACGCUCGUUGUAUCUCUGUGUAUCAGCUUUUACAUUUAUUACGAGGAAUCACUAUUAAUUAAUAUUAAUAUCAUUAUUAUUGUUAUUACUACUACUACUACUACUGCUGCUGCUGCUGCUGCUGCUGCUGCUGCUGCUGCUGCUGCUGCUGCUACUGCUGCUACUACUACUACUACACUACUACUGCUGCUACUACACCUUUACUAUUACUAUUACCAUUACCAUUGAUUAUCAUUAUCGUUAUCAUCACCGUCGUCUAGAGGAUUUUAUAUAUAUAUAUAUAUGUGUGUGUGUUAUGUAUGUAUAUGUACGUUUAACAUUUUUUUUUUCUUACGUGGAGGAAAAAAAGAAGGGAAAACGGUCGAGGACGAUCGAAUCGCCAUUUUCUCGAAUCCAAUUGCUGUCCCUAUUGAGCGUGCUCUCGGUUUAAUCGAUUCUAACGUUAUUUAUAUAUAUAUAUAUCACAACCAGCAACCGACGUCACCAUCCACUAUAAACCGUAAAGAACGUAGCGAGGUCUUUUAGCUGACGCAACUAGAACCGCAGAACGUUAUGGAUAAAUAUAUGCCUUGGUGUGAUUUAUUACAGGCCGACCAUCCUGGGUGUAUACUCUCGAUCAUUGAUAUACACACACAUAUAUAUAUAUAUAUAUAUAUAUAUAUCUUUCUGCGUGUACAUACUUCCCUCCGUCGAAUGGUUCAGCCCUCUCCAGGCUUUCCCUGCGCCUUUCCUUCGGUUCGACUGGUCUCGCGCCCUCGACAGUCCUCGAUCCUCCGUUGAGCCAAACCGUUUCUCUCGAGUUUCGCCUUACCCGGGAACGUUUUUUCCAGACACUGGGCCGAGCGUCCGUAAGAAACCGUUUCGACCGAGAACUAGAUAGAAAUCCGGCAAAAGUUCAAAGCGAGUAUCCGAGGCUUCUCUUUGGCUUCCCCUACGAUGGAAUCCUCCCACCACGCCGACGUUUGCAUCUUUUGCCCCGCGAUCGAUUAACGAAGAGUUAACGAAGAGUUAACGUCCGCGCGCGGACCGGAUCGACCGGAUCGACCGAAUCUCCCCGUCAUAGAAAUAAGUAAGUCUCGAGUUUCCUCCGGCUUGCUUUACUUCCGUUUCCCUCUGGCUCGCGAGGCAAGGACGGGAUCGAUCGAUCGACCUCUUACCGCAGAAUAUAGGCUAGAGAUCCGGGACGAGAAGGCGACGGGAGGAAUUUUGUUAUCUCUUCGCAAAGGACUCUCCGUAGGCACGGAAUUAUGUAAUAAAAACGCAAGGA